AUGGAGCUGGUUGUUCGGCGAACUUCAUGGUUGAAUUGCAAGCUUCUGUUCGUUGUUGUUGUUGUUGAGAUCAUAUUGAUAUUGGCAUUGGUGGAGGCUCACACUGCAAAGCCCCACGAAGGCCAACUUCAAUGGGGAGGUUUGGAAAGGAAUACAAAGAAUAUUGCCUCACACUCUUGCAUACAUGACCAGAUUCUUGAACAGAGGAAGCGACCUGGUCGCAAGGUUUAUUCAGUUACCCCACAGGUUUAUGAGCCUAGUAUAUUGAAGCCCCUUCAGCAUAAAGGCAGAGCAAUACUUGCAGUGUCAACAUCAUUAGGGCCUCAAAAGGAUGCAAAGGAACCUAUUAGGAUAUAUUUAAAUUAUGAUGCUGUUGGCCACUCCCCUGAUAGAGAUUGUCGAAAAGUUGGCGCUGUUGUUAAACUUGGGGAGCCUCCCACAACUUCUCUCCCUGGUUCCCCUUCUUGCAAUGCUCAUGGUAACCCUCCAAUUGUUGGUGAUUGUUGGUAUAACUGCACUUCUGAAGAUAUCUCAGGAGAAGACAAAAAACACCGCCUUCGCAAUGCAUUAGGUCAGACAGCUGACUGGUUUAGGAGAGCAUUAGCUGUUGAGCCUGUCAAGGGGAACUUGCGGUUAAGUGGAUAUUCUGCAUGUGGACAAGAUGGAGGCGUGCAGCUUCCUCGUGGAUAUAUCGAGGAAGGUGUCCCCGAUGCCGACUUAGUUCUUUUGGUCACUACAAGACCUACAACUGGAAAUACACUUGCUUGGGCUGUGGCAUGUGAACGGGAUCAAUGGGGCCGCGCUAUAGCUGGACAUGUGAAUGUUGCUCCUCGCCAUUUGACUGCCGAGGCUGAGACUUUGCUUUCAGCUACUCUAAUACACGAGGUUAUGCAUGUUCUUGGUUUUGACCCACACGCCUUUGCUCAUUUUAGAGAUGAAAGAAAAAGACGGCGUGAUCAGGUUACCGAACAAGUAAUGGAUGAAAAGCUUGGACGGAUGGUCAAUCGAGUGGUGCUUCCUCGUGUUGUCAUGCAUUCACGAUAUCAUUAUGCGGCAUUCUCUGGAAAUUUUACUGGCUUAGAACUGGAAGAUGGGGGAGGACGCGGCACAUCAGGGUCUCACUGGGAGAAAAGGCUUCUCAUGAAUGAGAUUAUGACCGGUUCUGUGGAUACAAGAUCUGUAGUUUCAAAAAUGACUUUAGCUCUCUUAGAAGAUAGUGGAUGGUACAAAGCCAAUUAUAGCAUGGCAGACCGUCUUGAUUGGGGUCGCAACCAAGGUACUGAAUUUAUUAACUCCCCUUGCAAUCUUUGGAAGGGAGCUUAUCAUUGCAACACAACGCAAUAUUCUGGCUGUACAUAUAACAGAGAGGCAGAAGGAUACUGCCCAAUCCUAACAUAUAGUGGAGACCUCCCUCAGUGGGCACAAUAUUUUCCACAAGCUAAUAAAGGUGGACAAUCCUCAUUGGCUGAUUAUUGUACCUAUUUUGUUGCGUACUCUGACGGGUCAUGUACAGAUACUAAUAGUGCACGAGCACCAGAUAGAAUGCUUGGUGAAGUCAGAGGAAGUAACUCCAGGUGUAUGGCCUCAUCAUUAGUGCGUACAGGAUUUGUACGAGGUUCUAUGACCCAGGGAAAUGGUUGUUAUCAGCACAGAUGUAUAAACAGUUCUUUAGAGAUUGCUGUGGAUGGCAUCUGGAAAGUGUGUCCUCGUGCUGGUGGACCCAUUUUGUUCCCUGGCUUUAAUGGUGAAUUAAUCUGCCCUGCAUAUUCUGAGCUCUGUAACUCUGACCCAGUAUCUAUGUCUGGUCAAUGUCUCAAUUCAUGUAAUUUCAAUGGAGACUGUGUCGAUGGAAGGUGCCACUGCUUUCUUGGAUUUCAUGGGCAUGAUUGCAGUAGACGUUCCUGCCCCAGAAAUUGCAAUGGUAAAGGCAUGUGCCUUUCAAAUGGGUUUUGCGAAUGCAAAACUGGCUACACUGGCGUCGACUGUUCCACUGCUGUGUGUGAUGAACAAUGCAGCCUUCAUGGUGGAGUUUGUGAUAAUGGAGUUUGUGAAUUCCGUUGUUCUGACUAUGCCGGAUACACAUGCCAGAACAGCUCCAUGCUCCUAUCUAGUCUCUCUGUUUGCAAAAAUGUACUGGGAAAUGAUGUAUCUGGUCAGCAUUGUGCACCCAGCGAGCCUAGCAUACUACAGCAGUUGGAAGAAGUGGUUGUCAUGCCGAACUACCACCGAUUAUUCCCCGGAGGUGCCAGGAAAUUAUUUAAUAUAUUUAGCAGCACCUACUGUGAUGAGGCUGCUAAACGGCUUGCCUGCUGGAUCUCAAUCCAGAAGUGUGACAAGGAUGGAGAUAACAGGCUUCGGGUAUGCCAUUCCGCAUGCCAAUCUUAUAAUAUAGCAUGUGGAGCUUCACUUGAUUGCUCUGACCAAACCCUCUUCAGUAGUCAGGGUGAGGUGGAGGGUCAGUGCACCGGUUUUGGGGAGAUGAAACUGUCGUGGUUUGAUCGCCUGCGAAUCGGUUUUUCUUUGAGAAAUAGUUCCUUGAAAGGAAUAUCCCUAAGAUAUAGGAAACUUUAA